GGCAAUAGCAACUCCAACUUCACUGAAAAAACAUCGAAGAGAACAAUGAAAGCGUGGACACUCCUGAUAUUUCUAAUUCCCUUUGGAGCUUCGUUUGAUGAAGACGUAAUUGAUAAAUAUGAAUCUGAUGAAGAAGAUCCGGUUAAGAAGGACGGAGAUGAGAUUGUUGAGGAUGGAUUUGAUUGGACAAAGAUGUCUGAAAGGCAAAUGCAAUUAAGCUGUCUUUAUAAGACGAAUGCGACGGUCACCGCUAUUGUGUCACAAUUUCACAAGUUUGAUGCAAGCAACGAAGUAAAGUGUUUCAUUGACUGCUAUUUGGGAUAUAAGAACAUAACUGAAUCCGAAAAAAUAAUUCCUAAUGGGCUCCGAAAAGCCUAUAACGAUACGUUAAAACCAGAAGUGAUUAAAAGAUAUGAAGACAGGUGUGAAAAAUGGCUUGGGAUACGACACAAAGAAACGAAGUGCCAUUUUGCUUGGAGAGUCGCUCGGUGCUAUCGCUUCAGGUUUAAAGACAUUCGGCCGCCAAAUAGAAGGAAAAGUUACUAAGGACCCACACGCAAUUGUACAGCUGCUCCUCCUGCUCGGCUAUGUUGGGGUGGUGAUCUUGUCCACAUACCUGAGCCCUUGUUCAUCCUAUGAAUUAUUUAAUUAAAAUACUUUUAAAUA